AGCCAGCGGUCAGCUAUUCAGCGCACCGGGCGCGUGCCUUGGGGCCAUGGCGGAUGCAGACAAGGGCGAUCGACUGCCGGCCGCAGAGCGCAAGCGCUUGAAGAAGGAGGCAGAAGCAAAGGCAAAGGCUGAGGAAAAGGCCAAGAAGAAUGCGGAAAAGAUAGAGCAGGCUCAAGCUUCUGGGAAGGCGCCAGCGAAAGAAGAGAACCUGGAGGACUUGGACCCCACCAAGUACAGAGAGAAUCGCAUGGCAGCGUUGAAGAAGCUGAGCGACCCAUACCCACACAAGUGGGAUGUGAAUAUUUCGAUUCCUAGCCUCAUUGAAAAGUACAAGGACAUCGAGUCAGGCACACACCUGGAAUCCGAGAUUGUGUCCAUAGCUGGACGCGUGAAGAACAAGAGAACCUCUGGCGCAAAGCUGAUGUUCUACGACUUGUUUGCGGAUGGAGUACGUGUGCAGGUCAUGUGCCAGGCCCAGUACCACGAAGAGGGUGAUUUUGCAGAGGAGCAUGCCAAGAUUAAUCGUGGUGAUAUUAUGGGAGUCCGCGGCUUUGUCGGCAAGUCGAACAAGGGCGAGCUCUCAGUGUUCCCCAAGUCUGUCAAGCUCCUGGCCACCUGUUUGCACAUGCUGCCGAAGGAUCAUCAGGGGCUCAAGGAUCAGGAGGUGCGCUACCGGAGACGUUACCUGGACUUGAUGCUAAACGAGGAUGUCAGGCGCACGUUCUACAUCAGAUCCAAGAUCGUGAACUUCAUUCGCCAUUUUCUGGACAGCCGGGGGUUCCUGGAAGUGGAAACCCCCAUGAUGAAUAUGAUUGCGGGAGGCGCCACUGCCAAACCAUUCAUCACGCAUCACAACGAGUUGAACCUGGACCUCUUCAUGCGAGUGGCUCCGGAGCUCUAUCUCAAGAUGCUGGUCAUUGGUGGCCUGGACCGCGUCUUUGAGAUUGGGAGGAACUUCCGCAACGAGGGCAUCGACUUGACCCACAAUCCGGAGUUCACAGCUUGUGAGUUCUACAUGGCAUAUGCGGAUUACAACGACCUCAUGGACAUGACCGAAGAGCUCUUCAGCGCCAUGGUCCUGAACAUCAAAGGCAGCUACAAGAUAGAAUAUCAUCCCCUCGGCCCAGAUGGCCCGCCAGUGGAGAUCGAUUUUACACCACCGUGGCGCCGAAUUUCCAUGGUCGAGGAGAUCGAGAAGCAGAGCGGUGUGAAGUUGGGGCGAGAUUUUGAUGAGCCGGACACGCUGAAGAAGUUGGAUGAUUUGGUGGCAAAGCUGGAGCUGGAGUGCCCCCCACCUCGUUCAGCGGCCCGGCUCCUUGACAAGCUCUGUGGCCACUACAUCGAGGAUCACAUUGUGAACCCCAGCUUCAUCACCGAGCAUCCUCAGAUAAUGAGCCCCCUGGCCAAGUGGCACAGAAGCAAGCCUGGCCUGACGGAGCGCUUCGAGCUUUUCGUCAACACCAAAGAGAUUUGUAAUGCAUACACUGAGCUGAAUGACCCGGAGAGGCAGAUGCAGUGCUUCCUGGGCCAGGCAAAGGCAGCUCAGGAUGGCGAUGACGAAGCGCAAGGAGUGGACCACGAGUUUGUGACUGCCCUGGAGCAUGGCUUGCCGCCGACGGGAGGCUGGGGUUGCGGCGUGGAUCGCUUGACUAUGUUCUUGUCGGACAAGAACAACAUCAAGGAAGUGAUCCUGUUCCCCGCUAUGAAGCCUCAGUGAGAAAGUCUUAGUUACAGGGCCUCUUUUUGCCAGAGCAGCCAGUCUGCCAUAAGUCUGAGAGUUCCGAAUCUCAUCAGCUGGCACCCAUCAAGAAGGCCUGGUGGAAGUGAGAAAAGAAC